AUGGCGCCCACCUGCACCGGCCUCGCCGGCGCCAAGGUCCCCGUGGCCGCGGGGACCCGCCGCGCCGCGCGCACGAGGCACAUCACCCGCGCCGCUAGCAACCCGCAGCCACGCAAGUCGGGCGUCGCGCGCGUCGCCACGGACAAGAUGGCGGCAAGCGCGCCCGUCAAGGUCAACAUCGGCGACGGACCCGGGGGCGGCGGCUUCACGACGAUCGACCCCAACUCGCGCCGCAUCAAGCCGGACGCGAAGGGCCGCAAGGUGAUCAAGGUGACGUACACGGUGUUGGAGGCCCAGUACCAGAGCGCGCUGUCGACCGCGGUGAAGAAGAUCAACGACACGAACCAGGAGAUCUGCUUCGAGAUCGUGGGCUACCUGCUCGAGGAGCUCCGCGACGACAAGAACCUGGAGAUGUUCCGCGAGGACGUGGCGUCGUCCAACGUCUUCAUCGGCUCGCUCAUCUUCAUCGAGGAGCUGGCGGAGCGCAUCGUGGGCGUCGUGCAGCCGCUGCGCGAGGAGCUGGACGCGUGCCUGAUCUUCCCGUCGAUGCCCCAGGUGAUGAAGCUGAACAAGCUCGGGUCGUUCUCCAUGUCGCAGCUCGGGCAGUCGAAGAGCGCCAUGAGCGACUUCAUCAAGAGCGCGCGCAAGAACAACGACAACUUCGAGGAGGGCCUCCUCAAGCUCGUCCGCACGCUGCCCAAGGUCCUCAAGUUCCUCCCCUCGGACAAGGCCCAGGACGCGCGCAACUUCGUCCUCUCGCUCCAGUACUGGGUCGGCGGCGACAAGCAGAACCUCGAGAACCUCCUCCUCAACGUCGCGCAGCAGUACGUCCCCGGCUGCGAGAACGUCGGCACCGAGGGCGCCAUCGCCGAGCCCGUCGAGUACCCCGAGACGGGCAUCUGGCACCCGCUCGGCGGCAUCUACGAGGACCUCAAGGAGUAUCUCAACUGGUACGACACGCGCAAGGACAUGGCGCCCGGGCCCGACGCGCCCGUCAUCGGGCUCGUGCUGCAGCGCUCGCACAUCGUGACCGGCGACUCGGGCCACUACGACGGCGUCGUCACCGCGCUCGAGGCGCGCGGCGUCCGCGUGAUCCCCGUCUUUGCCGGCGGCCUCGACUUCUCCGUGCCCGUGAACAAGUUCUUCUACGACCCGCUCGGGUCCGGGACGACGUACGUGGACACGGUCAUCUCGCUGACGGGCUUCGCGCUCGUCGGCGGGCCGGCGCGCCAGGACGCGCCCAAGGCCAUCGAUGCGCUCAAGAGGCUCGACGUGCCGUACCUGGUGUCGGUGCCGCUGGUGUUCCAGACGACGAACGAGUGGCAGGACUCGGACCUCGGCGUGCACCCCGUGCAGGUCGCGCUGCAGGUCGCGCUCCCGGAGCUCGACGGAGCCAUUGAGCCGGUGGUGUUCGCGGGCCGCGAGCCGCAGUCGGGCAAGUCGGCCGCGCUGCCGGACCGCGUGGAGGUCGUGGUCGAGCGCGCGAUCCGCUGGGCGCGCCUGCGCAAGAAGAAGAACGCCGAGAAGAAGCUCGCCAUCACGGUGUUCUCCUUCCCGCCCGACAAGGGCAACGUCGGCACCGCCGCCUACCUCAACGUGUUCGGGUCGAUCUUCAAGGUCCUGCAGAACCUCAAGCGCCAGGGCUACGACGUCGGGCAGCUCCCGAUGACGGAGAAGGCGCUCAUCGAGUCGGUCCUGCACGACCAGGAGGCCAAGUUCAACUCGGAGGAGCUCAACAUCGCCUACAAGAUGGAGGUCGACGAGUACCAGCGCCUCUGCCCGUACGCCGACGCGCUCGAGGAGAACUGGGGCAAGCCGCCCGGCCAGCUCAACACCAACGGGCAGCAGCUCCUCGUCUACGGCAAGCAGUUCGGCAACGUGUUCAUCGGCGUGCAGCCCACGUUCGGGUACGAGGGCGACCCGAUGCGCCUGCUCUUCUCGCGCUCGGCGUCGCCGCACCACGGCUUCGCGGCGUACUACACGUUCGUCGAGAAGAUCUUCGGCGCCGACGCCGUGCUGCACUUCGGCACGCACGGCUCGCUCGAGUUCAUGCCCGGGAAGCAGGUGGGCAUGGCGGGCACGUGCUACCCGGACUCGCUCAUCGGCACGCUGCCCAACCUCUACUACUACGCGGCCAACAACCCGUCGGAGGCCACGAUCGCCAAGCGCCGGUCGUACGCCAACACCAUUUCGUACCUGACGCCGCCGGCGGAGAAUGCGGGCCUGUACAAGGGCCUCAAGGAGCUCAAGGAGCUCAUCUCGAGCUACCAGGGCCUCAAGGACGGCGGCCGCGGGCCCGCCAUCUGCAACUCGAUCGUCGCCACGGCGCGCGAGUGCAACCUGGACCGCGACGUGAAGCUGCCCACGCUCGAGGAGGACACCAAGGACCUGACGGCGGACGAGCGCGACCUCAUCGUCGGCAACGUGUACCGCAAGCUGAUGGAGAUCGAGUCGCGCCUGCUGCCGUGCGGCCUGCACGUGGUGGGCGUGCCGCCCACGGCGACGGAGGCGGUGGCGACGCUGGUGAACAUCGCGGAGAUCGACCGGCCGGAGAACAACCCGCCGCUGCUGGGCCUGCCGACGAUCCUGGCGCGCGCGGCCGGGCGCGACAUCGAGGAGGUUUACGCCGGCAACAACGCGGGCAACCUGGACGACGUGCAGUUCCUGCAGGACAUCACCGAGACGGCGCGCGCGUGCGUGAGCAAGUUCGUCGCCGCGCGCACGGGCAUCGACGGGCGCAUCGGCUUCAACCUGUGGUCGGAGGUCGGCAAGUGGUUUGGUGUGUCGGAGGACCCCUGGGUGGCCGCGGUGCGCAACACCAAGUUCGCGUCGGCCGACCGCGACGAGCUGCGCAAGCUGUUCGACUUCAUCGAGUUCUGCCUGACCCAGGCGGUCAAGGACAACGAGGUCGGCGCGCUGGUCGAGGCCCUCGACGGCAAGUUCACCAUGCCGGGCCCCGGCGGCGACCCGAUCCGCAACCCGAACGUCCUGCCGACGGGCAAGAACAUCCACGCGCUCGACCCCCAGUCGAUCCCGACCAGCGCCGCGCUCGCGAACGCCAAGGUCGUGGUGGACCGCCUGCUGGAGCGCCAGCGUGAGGAGAACGACGGCAAGUACCCGGAGUCGAUCGCGGUGGUGCUGUGGGGCACGGACAACAUCAAGACGUACGGCGAGUCGCUGGCGCAGGUGAUGUGGAUGGUCGGCGUGCGCCCGAAGCCGGACGCGCUGGGCCGCGUGAACAAGCUGGAGGUCAUCCCGCUGGAGGAGCUCGGCCGCCCGCGCAUCGACGUGGUGGUCAACUGCUCGGGCGUGUUCCGCGACCUGUUCGUCAACCAGAUGGCGCUGCUCGACCGCGCGAUCAAGAUGGCCGCCGAGCAGGACGAGCCCCUGGAGAUGAACUACGUGCGCAAGAACGCCAUGGAGCAGGCCGAGCGCGACGGCAUGACGCUGCGCCAGGCCGCCUCGCGCGUGUUCUCCAACGCCUCGGGCUCGUACUCGUCGAACGUCAACCUGGCCGUCGAGAACUCGUCGUGGCAGGACGAGCAGCAGCUCCAGGAGAUGUACCUGUCGCGCAAGGCCUUCGCCUUCGACUCGGACCGCCCGGGCGCCGGCGGGCAGAUGAACCGCGAGGUGUUCGAGUCGGCGCUGAAGAAGGUCGACGUGACGUUCCAGAACCUGGACUCGUCGGAGAUUUCGCUGACGGACGUGUCGCACUACUUCGACAGCGACCCGACGAACCUGGUGCAGGGCCUGCGCGCGGACGGCAAGAAGCCCGCGUCGUUCAUCGCCGACACGACGACGGCGAACGCGCAGGUGCGCUCGCUGGGCGAGACGGUCCGCCUCGACGCGCGCACCAAGCUGCUCAACCCCAAGUGGUACGAGGGCAUGCUCGGCUCGGGCUACGAGGGCGUGCGCGAGAUCCAGAAGCGCCUCACCAACACCAUGGGCUGGUCGGCCACCUCGGGCCAGGUCGACAACUGGGUCUACGACGAGGCCAACUCCACCUUCAUCGAGGACGAGGAGAUGGCCAAGCGCCUGAUGGACACCAACCCGGCCUCGUUCCGGAAGCUGGUGUCGACCUUCCUCGAGGCGUACGGCCGCGGGUACUGGGACGCCACCGACGAGCAGCUCGAGCGUCUCAAGCAGCUGUACAUGGACACGGAGGACAAGAUCGAGGGCGUCGAGUAA